AUGGCCUCCGCCGCCCGGCAUCCACCGCUGACAGCCGGGGGAGGGAGGAGCGCAGGCGGGAUACAUGUACACAGCCGGACAGGCACGGGAAUCUCCACCCAUGGGCUGGGACAGUUGCCAGAGCUUGAAGAUGCCGACUAUCUGCGCGAUGUGCUGGGCCGAGACGACGGCACGAUGGAGGCUGAUAUUGAUCUGGAGCUGCAGGUUAAGGCUAAGGCUUUGGGGGUUGAAAUGCCGGGGUCAGCGGGAGGUACACCAGUAGGAGGAGCAGGAACCGGACAGCAGAGCACAGCAGCAGGUAGCACAAGUACAGGAACAUGUACCGACACGGCCAUCAACACAAACACAACUAUAUCAACCGACUCCGAAGACACCACAGACACGAACGCAACAACACUCCAGGCAUCAGACCUGUCAGCCGAGAUGCCGAAGCAGGAACGCCAGCGGAAUCUCAGCUUCUCGCAGUACGAGCCGUACCUCAGCAAGCUCAGCACGGCGCUGGACCAGCCUAAGAUGGGUCGACCCGCGGCGGGCCAGGAGAAGACGGAGGGCGGGAAUGGGGUCAGUCCUGGUGCGGGUGCUGGUGCUGGUGGUAAGACUGGGUCGAGGAGGGGGGUUAGGGGGUUCACAAGGGGGAUUGCGGCCAAGUUGAGGAGGAAGAAGCCGAGUCCCGACUCGCCUAUGCCCUGCAUCUGCUGCCGAGAAGAAUUCACCCAAGGCAACGGCACACUUCACACUCUACCGUGCGGCCACUGCUACUGCCGCGACUGCCUCGCCAUCAUGGUCGACCAGUCCAUCACCGACGAGUCCAAGAUGCCCCCACGGUGCUGCGCCCAGCCGUUCCCCAGCGCCAUCAUCAAACUAGUCCUCCCCCGUGAAAAACACCAACUCUUCCUCAAAACCGUCGUCCAGUACAGCACCCCCUGGGAAGCCCGCGUCUUCUGUCCCAACCCAACCUGCGGCGAAUUCAUCCCGCCCAUCGACAAGUCCCCAACCACCGACAAAACCGGCGACUCCCAACAUCACCACGCACCCCCCAACCCCUUCGAAGCCUUCUGCCGCCACUGCCAAACCCGUGCCUGCCUCAUGUGCAAACGCUUCGCCCACCAACCGGGCCAAGACUGCCCCGAAGACCGCGAAAGUGACGCCGUCCUCAAAAUGGGCGAACGAUCCGGCUGGCGGCGCUGCUACAAGUGCCGCUCGCUGAUCGAGCUCGACCAGGGCUGCACCCACAUCACCUGCCGGUGCAAAGCCCAGUUCUGCUACAUCUGCGGCGCCGUCUGGAGCCCGACUAUGGGCUGCCCGAACUUCUGCAAUGGCGAAGAAGAGAUGGAGCGCCGCCGGGUGGAGGAAGCCGCUCGCUUAGCCGAGCGUGAAGCGGAAAAAGCCGCGCGUGAGAAGGCUGCUGCCGCAGAAGCCAUCGAGCAGCAGGCGGCUGAGGCGCGUACGCGAGCACACCCGGCGUUUCAGUCCCUGCGGGCGCGCCAGGCGGCGGAGAAGGCGCGGUUCGAUGUGUUUGAGCAGCGGGCCAAGGACGCGUUGCAGGCGCGGCAGACGACGCGGAAGAGGGCGUUGCAUGAUAAGUUUGAGGAUUUGAUGGACCGGAUGCGGGAGCGCCAUGCGAAGACGGAGCAGCACCUGGAGGAUCGCCAGGUGUUGGCGGAGAUUGAGCUGCAGGCGAGUCUGGAGGAGAAGGCGAAGAAGGUGCGGAUUAAGUUGAAGUAUAUGGAGGAUUAUUGUAAUGGCAGGAUUGCGGCGGCGCCGAGUCCGAGUCCGUACCCGAGUUCGAGCCCUGUCGAUCAACAACAACCCCCUUCCCAACAACCCUCACAACAACAACCCGAAGGGUCUCAAGAAACCCAACAAACCCAACAAACCGAACCACCCGUCCCAGCUCCCAUCCUACUCCCCACCCCCCUCCCCCAACGCCACGUCACCGACCGCGACCUAGAACAACUCCGCCAGCAAUACUGCGUCCGCGACGGCAUGGCGCGGCGCCACCUCUCGCAAAUCCACGGUCUCCGCGAGAAACAAGCCAAGGCCAUGGAAGAGCUCACCGACCGACACGAGCGCGAAAUGGACACGCUCGCUGAGCGCCGGGCGACGGAGAUGGAAGACUUGGCGGGUCGGUUCUCGGAUGAGGAGGAGGCGUUGUUGGCUGUGUUUGGGGAGCGGAGGGGGAGGUUGGCGAGACGGUGGAGGGUUGAGGCGGAGGUUGUGCGAAAAGAAGUUGAGGGACGGGAGGGGGUUGGGUAUGCGGUUGUUGAAGUGCCGAGGUGGGUGGAGGAGGAAACGACUCUGGGAGAAGAAGGAAGGGGAAUUGAAGGAGGUCGUGACGAUAAUGAUGGUGAUGAUGAUACGCAUGUCCGUGAGCUGAAGCAGGAAGAGCUACGUGAUAUCCGGGGUAGUGGCUGGGGCACGACGACGACAACAACAGGGACGGGAGCUGUGGGCCAUGCCGUGGAGGUUGUCGCAUGA